AUGUACUUGCCUGAUGAUAUAACACUUGAGAUCUUCUCAUGGUUACCUGCAGAAUCUAUUUACAAGUUCAAAUGUGUCGACAAGUUCUUCAACGCUCAAUUUUCAAAUGACACCUUAUUCAUCAAGAAGCAAUCAAAGAAUUCCUUGCUAAGGGAUGAUGAUUCGUGUUUCUUUAUUCAACCAAACACAAAUCAAAGAUACAGUGCAACAACUGAGUUCCACCACCUGUGUCCAAAGAAGCCAGCCUCUAGUGUCUCUAAUAAAUUUUUACAAUUUUUAGAACACUACCCAUCUUUUAGAAUUGUGGCUUCAAGUAAUGGCUUGAUUCUUGGCCGUAAUAAUGGAGAGUUAUUUAUGUGCAAUCCCGUGACACAAUCAUGGCUUCCCAUUUCUACUCCAAAUAGUUUGAACAAAUAUCCUGAUGCUGAUCUUAAACUUGCAUUUGAGUGUAACCUUGAAGAUUCACAUGAUGAUUUCAUGUUAUUUUUAUUUGAAGUUCAAGAUGAACGGGCUUCUCAGUAUCAUGAUGUGAAAUUCUACUUUAAAAAGGAGGGUAUGUGGAAAGCAACUGAAACAAGCUUUUUCACUGGAGCUAGAUCCUUGAGGUUUGACAUGCAUGUUUAUCACAGAAAAGCCCUCCAUUUUAUAUCAGACUGUUCAGCUUUUCUUAGCAAGAAGAGUCCUUUUUUCAGGCCAUAUAUAAUGGCUUACAAUGUUGAGGAUGGAAGGUCAAGAAUGCUCAGGCUUCCAAAAGAAGCAAGAACUGGCUCUCAUGACUCGACUACCCAAAUGGGUAUAUAUAAAUGGGGGAAAUCAGCAAGUCUGGAUCAAUCUAUUUGCUUAGUGAGAUUAAGAAAGAAUGUGUUCACUGUCUGGGUUUUAACUGAUUAUGAGGUUAACCAAUGGAGAAGGAUUUUGAAAAUAAGGGUGGAAGCAAUAAUAGGUUUGAAGGAUGAAGAAGAGCCAAUUAUUGUGACAGGAUUCACUGUUUCGAAUGGCAAACAACUGAUUUUUGCUACAAAAAUGAAGGUUUAUGGCUUUGGAUUGAGUGAGGAUAAUUACAUGAUUGUUGAAGAAGUCUGUGAACAUGGAUUUGAAUCCGACUCAGUUUGCUUCACUUGCUACUCAGAUACUCUUCAUCAUUGUGGAGAUGGAGCCACAAUCUUUCCAUUGUUGCCGGGGACGACAUAG